AUGUUGAUUAGAGCGGGUGGUGGUCAUCGCAUAAGAAGGUCAAAGAAGAAUAAAAGAACUUGCAAUGAUGACAGAGAGACAGCAGAGUCAUUGAAUCCAGGCGAUAUUCAUCAGGACUCAAUACAAGAUGUCUGGAGUGAGCUCAGUGAAGAAGUUGCAUCAAAUUUGUCUGAAAGUGUCGUCUCAGUUGCUGUACUCUGUGGAAGCUCUGUGUUAUUUGCAUGCUCGGGAAUAGCUAUAGAAUGCCAGGGGUGUGUUACAAGGUUUCUGACUUCAGCGAGUUUGGUUAGAGCUUUAAAUGAUAAAACAAAACACCCUUCUAACUUGAAGGUUGAAGUGCGCUAUGAAGGCAAUGUUGUCACAGGAUUUUUGGGGAAAUAUGAUUUAGAUUAUGGCCUUGCUAUUGUCAAUGUCACAUCCUGCCUUGAUGUUCAAGCUGUAGUAGCUUUAGGGCGUGGCAUCUCUGGCAAAUUAAUGGCUACUGGUGGGAUACUGACCCGCGAUUCAAGAGAAUCUGAAGAUAGUGAAGAGCUUAUGCUGUCCACUUGUAAAAUCUGUGAGUCUCUGAGGCACACUCGAAUUAUGAUAGGGUUAUUUUAA